GGAAAGAAAACAGAAUUUGUGCGGUGCUCAACUGGCUGACGGAGAGAAGAAGGAAUGCCUCGCUGCAGCAUUUGAGCUGUGCCGAUGGAAAUUCGCAAUAGACAAACAACGCGCAAGUGAAGAAGCAGUUUUUAUUGUGUCUGAAACAACAGAAGCUAGUGUCAUUAUCGCGUGUGGUUCAAGCUAAUUCGAUUGCUGCCGUUUUAGUUUUGUGCACAAAUCAUAGCCAAGUGUCUGAUAUUUAUGCAAAAAGCAAAAGAAAUAAAGCGUGAAAUAGUGGAAACAGAAAGAGGAGAAAAAAAAUCCUGUUACUAUUUGGAAUAGUUUUUUUCGUCCCUAUACAUCAGGACACCGAUGCAAAAACAGAGUAAAAGGAACAGACAAAAGAAGACAGGUAGACGUUGACAGUGGGUAGACUAAAAGAGAAGAACAAGUUAGUGUGAGCGAAAUAUACGUACCCAUCGUAAUAGGAUCAAUCAUAUAAAUACUGAAAGUAUAGAACAUUCGGACAUCCACAGCAUAGAUACUCGACUGAAUACAAAUAAUCAACAACAUUUGCUAUCCGAAGCGACGUGAGGAAGGAAGUGAUCCAAGCGAAGCCCAUCCGAAAGGAACAACCAGUGAACGAACCAUGAAUCCCACAAUCGAGGGUUCAAACUUCCAGAUGGCGUCUUUGUACGUCGGUGAUUUGCACCCAAAUAUUACAGAGGCCGUACUCUUUGAAAAAUUCUCUUCGGCUGGUCCGGUUCUGUCGAUUCGUGUUUGCCGCGACGUGGGAACCCGUCGAUCCUUGGGCUAUGCGUACGUAAAUUUUCAACAGCCAGCGGAUGCCGAGCGAGCGCUCGAUACCAUGAACUUCGAUUUGAUCGAGGGACGUCCAAUCCGCAUUAUGUGGUCCCAGCGGGAUCCUUCGGUACGCAAAUCUGGUACCGGUAACGUUUUCAUCAAGAACUUGGACCAAAACAUCGACAACAAAGCUAUGUUCGAUACGUUCUCGGCAUUUGGUAACAUACUGAGCUGUAAGGUAGCCCAAGAUGAGAAUGGCGUUUCGAAGGGGUACGGUUUUGUGCACUUUGAAACUGAAGAAUCGGCAAACACUUCCAUUGAGAAAGUGAACGGAAUGUUACUCAACGGCAAGAAAGUUUAUGUUGGGCGCUUCAUUCCGAGUAAUGAGCGCCACAAUGAUAAGGUGUUUACGAAUGUGUUCGUCAAGAACUUUGGUGAUGAACUGAAUGACGAUUCACUGAAGGAAAUGUUCGAAAAGUAUGGAACCAUCAUUAGCCAUCGUGUUAUGACAAAAAAUACAGAGAGCCGUGGAUUUGGAUUCGUUGCGUUCGAAAAACCUGAAUCAGCCGAAAGGGCAGUAGAGGAGCUCAACGGGAAGGAAUUGAGUAAUGGUAAUAUUCUAUACGUUGGUCGGGCCCAGAGAAAAAAUCAGCGUCAGAUAGAACUGAAACGUCAUUUUGAACAACUCAAAAUUAAUCGUACAACCCGAUAUCAGGGUGUCAAUCUGUACGUUAAAAACCUAGAUAACACAGUCGAUGAUGAACGUCUUCGCAAGGAGUUCGAUGAUUUCGGAACGAUCACUUCGGCCAAAGUGAUGAUGGAGAAUGAUCGCUCGAAGGGAUUCGGGUUUGUUUGUUUCUCUGCUGCUGAGGAGGCUACUAAGGCAGUUACGGAAAUGAACGGACGAAUCGUUGGAAGUAAACCGUUGUAUGUGGCAUUGGCACAGAGCAAGGACGAACGUAAGGCCCAUUUGGCGGCCCAAUAUAUGCAGCGCAUGGCCAACAUGCGAAUGCAGUAUCCUGGUCAAAUCCUACAGUCUGGCAGUAAUGGUGGAUACUGUAUUCCCAGUAUGGGGCAACCUCAGAGAUUCUAUGGUAAGCGACCGGGACAGUUUCGCUCCACCCCGGUCUGGAUCCAUGCGAAUGCAGCCAACCAAAACGCGAUGGCUGGUGGUGUUUAUCCUGGAAUGGCCACUGCUGGUACAGGCGGUCAGUAUCGUCAGAUGGGUAAUAAUCGCACUAAUCAACAGUCAGCUCAGAAUCAACAUACUCCUCAAGAAUCCCCCUACAACAAGAAUCAACAUCCUCCAGCUUCUAUGAGGAAUCCUUCUCGUCCCAUUACUGGUCAGCAGGGUGGCGCAAACAUGCAAGCCCGUCCUGUUGCUGCGUAUAUGUCCCGACAACAGCGUGCUCCCAACUACAAGUACACACAGAUAUUGAACGACCCACCUGCUCCUCAACCUCCCGCUGCAAUUGUACAGAAACCAACUGUUCAACAGGCCGUCCACAUUAUGCAGCAUGAGCCUCUCAACGCAACGAUGCUGGCCACCGCCCAACCGGCUCAACAAAAACAAAUGUUGGGCGAGCGUCUGUACUCUCUCAUCGAGCCAAUGUAUCCAAUGCUCGUGGGGAAUAUUACCGGAAUGUUGCUCGAAAUUGACAACUCGGAACUGUUGCACAUGUUGGAGCACAACGAGUCCCUCAAGGCCAAGGUUGAGGAAGCUGUUGCUGUACUUCAGGCUCAUCUGCAGAAAACUCAAGCCAAAAGAGAUGUGAACUGCAACUAGCCGAAAAAUGGAUUCAGCGAGAAUGGAGUGGCCUUUCAGUUUAAUUUAACUUCUCCUAAAUUUUUAAUUUACUCCCUCGGUUUACUUUUCACAACAUCACAAUUUAAUGUUUCAAAGUAUAGGUAAAUUUAAAAAAAGAAGAAAAAAUAAUUGCCAAAUUUAGCCAUUGAAGAUCUUGAAAUACAACAUAUAAAAAUGCAUCCUUAGCAAAAUUUAAGCAUAAAAAGUGGCCAUGUUAGAUGUAAACCAAAUGCACUUGUUAUGAAACGAUAUAUUGAAAUAAAGAAUCGGGGAGUGUCGUAUCGAACUUCAGCAAUUAUAAGAGAUAG